AUGACUCCUAUCAUCCGUUUGUUACGUAUUUGUGAUGCUGAUGAGAAGCUUUCGUUGUCAUAUGUGUAUGAAGGGAUGUAUCGAGCAAGAUUAGGCAUUAAACAGGUGUUCCAAGGAAAAUGCCCUCUCUACAAGCCUUAUACGAACAUCAUUGAUAGGAGAUGGGAUCGUAUGUUGCGUCAUGAUCUUCAUGCUGCAGCAUACUAUUUGAACCCAACUUUCAUCUAUGAUCCUACAUUUUCUGACAAGCCUGAGGUUAUGAGUGGAUUGAUGAAUUUAUUUGAGAAACAAACAGAGAAUAGUAAAACAAAACUGUUUCAAGAGCUUAAGAUGUAUAGAGAACGUGAAGGCAGCUUUUCUCGCCCUAUGGCUCUAUCUUGCAGCAAAACGUCUCAGCCAGAUGAAUGGUGGAGAUAUUUUGGUUUUGAUGCUCCUAAUUUGCAAAAGUUAGCAAUAAGAAUUCUUAGUCAAACCGCUUCUUCAUCUGGAUGUGAGCGCAAUUGGUCUGUAUUUGAGAGGAUUCAUACCAAGAAGAGGAAUAGACUAGAGCAUCAAAGACAUAAUGAUCUUGUUUUUGUGCACUACAAUCUACGUCUGCAACAUAGGUCAAAGAAAAAAAGAUCAUAUGAUCCUGUUGACUACGAAUCUAUUGAUAAGACAGAGUUUUGGAUUAUCGAAGAAGAAGAAGCAGGUGAACUUGAACUUGAUGAAUUAGAAAAUGCUCUUGCUGAAGAAUAUCCUAAAGAUCAUGAAGAGAUGAACCCUGACAAUUCUAAUGAUUUUGACGAAGACUUCACUAUGCCACCUGAAGAGUAUGAAGGAAAUGAUGGUGGAGAUAACUAA